AUGUUCAAUCCCAAACCCUUGGAGAACCUUAGUGACUAUUAAUGUUUCUUAAAUCAUUGCAUACCAAUAUGUGCUGUAAAUAUGCAACCAGGCUUAACCUCAGAUCAAAGAUUUGCUUGUAAAAAUUGCAUAGAAGUGACUCAUCUCAAUGUGAGCCCAUUAAAUAAGAUUAUAGAAACUAUAGAAAAACCAAUUAAAUAGAAAUUAAACUAGUAUGAAGAAGUCAUAACCCCUCAACUAGAUUUACUCAAAUAAUUUUAUGGCAAUAUCUCUCUAAUGGAAUCUAGUAUUUUACAAUAGCUGGAUUAACUGACUAAAAUUGUAAACAAUUGGAUAAUUAGCAUUAAGUAAAAAGGAGAAUAAAUAGCUCGCUACAAAUUUUUCGAUUAAUUGGAUCUUUUAAUAAAUUACCAACAGCCAACAAAUGAGCUAGAAGAAUAAACAAGCUAUUGUGAAUUGAAGAAAAUUAACAAAAGUUAAGGUAAAAAGCUAAAUUCAUGUUUGGAUCCAUUCAAAUCCUUUUAAGGGUAUACUAACCUCCAAAAAUUAUUGAAACAAAUACUUCGAAGCCAAAACGAAGUUGAUUAAAAAGAAAGUCCCUAGUUUUAAUAACAAAAAUAAUAAUUUUCAUUAUCUUAACAGAUACAAUUAUCAUUAGAAUCAGAACCCUUACAAUAAUAUAAUUAAUAGAUACAGUCAUAUCCUUUAGUAAUGGAAUCUAGUCUUGGUAGUUCGUUUUCAUAUCAAAUUAUCCCAAAAUUUACUUACGAAUAAGGAGAAUUAUGCCAAGCCUUGGCUAUCAAUUACAAUAAUACUCUAAUUGCCAUUGCUUCGGAAUGCAACAUAAACAUCCUAACAGUUAAUUAAUCCUUAAAUAAUCAAGAAGAAACAAAACUUUUACAAAGUUUAGAAAGGAAUCACAAAAAUCAUGUGACGACUCUAAAUUUCUUUAAAAAAGCCUCAUAAAUGUUAAACUCACUAGUUUCAGGGUCUUUAGAUUCCACAAUCGUAAUUUGGACUCCAGAUCAAAAAUUUACAAAAUGGAAUGCACUAUUCAAAUUAAAAAAUCAUGCUUAUGCUAUAAACUGUUUAAUAAUCAGUUAAUCUUAAGAAGAUUUUAUUGUAAGUGGAUCUGCAGAUAAAACUAUUAAAUUUUGGUCACUGACUAAAUUAAACUCUUGGUCUUGUUCAUAAACAAUUAAAGAACAUACUUCAUAUGUAUACGGAUUAUCCAUUAAUGAGUAAGGGAAUAAACUACUCUCUUGCGGAAAUGAUAAUUAGAUUCUAAUUAUCUAUAGAUCUUAUUAACAGUUAUGGCAAGUAAAAUAAAAGAUUCAAAAUGGUGGAAUAAGUGUAUCAUUUAUAACAGAUAAAAUUUUUGCUUGUUCGUCUAUGGAAGGAACAUCUUUGAUAUUUUAUUAUAUGGAUUAAGAAAGUGGUUAAUAUAUCCAAUCAAAUAUAUUUUAGAUUUAAACAGGAGGAAAAGGAAACACACUUUAUUUUCCUUUGUAUUACAAUCAAUCUAGAAAUAUACUCUUAUCAAAAAGUGGACAUUAUGUGAAUUUAAUUAAGUUGGCUAUAAAUCCUCCUUUAGACAAUAAAGUUAUAUUAGAAUAGGCUAUCUUUUUUAUUUAGAAUAUGAUUUUUGGUGCAAUGAGUGAUGAUGGGGCGUUAUUGGUAACAUGGGAUUCGAAAUCAAGUGAGAUUUAAUUUAGAAAAUAUUAUUAGAAGUUGUGA